AACUCUCUCCAGGAAGUAGGCGAGACAUUUGGCGACUUGAAAUUCAUCCAGCAUGUCAGACAAAUAUUUGGAUAAUUCUCAAUAGCCUAACAUCAAAAUAAAAAAAGCCCUCUCUGCCCAGUUUUUGUUCAGCCGUUCUGGAUAAUGUACUUCAGGGAUCAUCAAAAGGGUGCAACAAUGUAAUUAUAAACUGAGGUUUCAUCGACUAAUUAAAGAGGCGGUUGCUAAGAGAUGACGAUUUGUGACAUUGGUGCAAGUCUCUGAUGUAGAGCAGCCCGAAGCUCGACUUCUCCUGGAUCUCUUUCCUUCACACUGGCUCACGUGAAGGACGCGGAACAACGCUCUGAAAGGAGGAGACCCACAAACACCAUGGCAGCUUUUACUGCUCCCUGCGCCAGCACCACCACGACCACCACCGCGGCGGCCCGGGCAGCACGGCAAAGGCAAGGAGACAGCGGCGAGGCGGGCAAGCGUGAGAACGGGGACGUGGGACAAAACACCAUCGUGGAGAAAACCCACGAGUUCUUCCAGAUGUGUGACAUCGAGAGCAAGGGCUUCAUCACCCAACGCGACAUGCAGAGGCUGACUGCUGAGCUCCCUCUCAGCGCGGAGGAGUUGGAAAACGUAUUUAAUACCCUCGAUUCCGACGGCAAUGGAUACCUAACCCUGGACGAGUUCUCCUCCGGCUUCAGUGAGUUCCUAUUCGGUCGGAAGAUUUCUGUAGCGGAAGGCAUGGGGGAGAAGAACGCCUGUAAAAGCCCAGCGGAGGUCCUGUACCAGACCCAGUGGGAGGAGAGCAUGGCAAGAAGAGAUGAGGACGAGGAGGAGAAACACUUUGGCAUGCUCAUGGAGAGCCUUGGAGCCAACAGUGUCUUUGAAGAUCGCGCUGAAGUGCGCAGUUUGUGGGCCCAGCUGAGCCGAGAUGAACCCCACCUUUUAUCCAAUUUUGAGGACUUCCUGGCCAGAGUGACAUCCCAGAUCAUAGAGGCCAACAAGGAGAAGAGGGAGAUGGAGAGCGCUCUCCAGAGGAAAGCGGCAACACACGAUCACGAGAUCCAGCGCCUUUAUGUGGAAAUGGAGCAGCAAAUAAAACAUGAAAAAGACAGGAUUGUGCUGCAGGACCAUGAGCGCUUUCUGUCUCGCAGUCAGGACAUGGAGCUGCAGCUGUCUGGUAAGGAGAAGGAGCUGGAGCAGCUCUUUCAGAAACAGAAACGGUUGGAGCUUCAGUGCCAGGAACUCCACAGUGAACAACACGUGACCAAGGUGGAGAACGUGAAGCUGAAGCACAAGAAUGACGAGUUGGCACGCGAGCUGGACCACACCGGCCAAGAGCUGUUCUUGGCUCAGGACCAGCUGACUCUGCUGCAGGAGCAGUCCAUGCGGCUCCAUGAGGAGAAGGAGAUUGAAAUAUACAGACUGACUGAGGGACUGCAGCGAGAGCGAGCGGGCCUCGUCAAGCAACUGGAGCUUUUGAGGGAAAUGAACAAACAUUUACGGGAUGAAAAAGACAUAUGCUUCCAGAAUCCAAAGAAUUCUACGAAAACACCAAGUUUGAAGCAGAGGCCUUCAAUCAAUGUUGUGAAACGGACAAAAGCAAAUAUCUUCAAAAGUGAGGACGAGGAGGAGCUCAUCACCAGCUCCGCAAGGCACCGCCUAACCAAUGGGUCCUGCCAGUCCUCUUGCACAGAGAACACAAGGGGGCACCUCCAGAGGAUCAUCUCCAUCGAGGAGGACCACCUCCCACACCUGCUCCAGAAUGACUGCCGGCCCCGAACCCCACUUCAGGAGUGCAGUGAAGAAGAGGAAGCCUCAGACAAUGAGGAGUAUACAGACUUGGUGAUGAGCGAUAUUUACCCGUGUACAUCUUCUGCCCAGCGGCAAAAGUCGCAGGACGAUGUGGAGAAAAGGGAAACCCCCUCGUCUCCGAGGGCUCAGCCCGUUGGCAAGGAGAACAGCCUAAAUGGGGAAGGUGGUCCCACUCCGCCCGACCGCCUCUUCAAGAUCGUCCUGGUGGGGAACUCUAGCGUAGGAAAGACCUCCCUCCUUCGGCGAUUUUGCGACGGCUGCUUCCACCCUGGCACUUCUGCCACUGUGGGUAUAGAUUACAGCGUAAAGACAAUAGCUGUGGACAAUAGCCAGGUGGCACUGCAGCUCUGGGACACAGCAGGACAGGAGAGGUAUCGGAGCAUCACCAAACAAUUCUUUCGCAAGGCUGACGGUGUGGUUGUGAUGUAUGACAUCACGACUGUGCAGAGCUUCACAGCUGUCAGACAGUGGCUGACGAGUGUAAAGGAGGGCGCAGGCGAGGACAUCCCCACCCUGCUCUUGGGAAACAAAACGGACAAGGAGAUCGAGAGACAAGUUCAGAAAGGAGUGGGGGAAAGACUAGCCAAGGACUGCCAAAUGACCUUCUACGAGUGCAGCGCAUGCUCGGGACACAAUGUGAUGGAGUCCAUGAUUCAUUUAGCCAGAAUUCUGAAAGAGCAAGAGGACAGGGAGAAGGAGAAGACGGUCCAGCUGGUCGGCGGCCCGUCAGAGAAGAAGAGAUCCUGCUGCUGACAGUAAACACAGCUGAUACACACACACACACACACACCACACACACACACACACACACACACACACACAGUAGCACUACCCUUUACUAAGACUACAUGAGGACACAUUGUUCUAAACCUCAGCACAGCUGUUUCUCACAGUCUUCCACUCCAACUCCACGAGCUCCAUGUAUGUUGUCAUGUGUCCCAGAUGUUCAAGCACUAGUGUAAACAGUCUCUAUGUUUACCCAAGUUGUUUACAUCAAUCUGCAUUUUAAAUAAAGUCAAAUUAUAAUAAGAAUAAUGUAAGAAAGGUUAAUGGGAUAUAUAUAUAUAUAUACUAAUAAAGGACUAAUAAAGGAUUAUCUUAUAUAUAUAUAUAUAUAUAUAUAUAUAUAUAUAUAUAUAUAUAUAUAUAUAUAUAUAUAUAUAUAUACAUAAAUAGCUAAACAAAUGUAAGUCAAACUGAGCCCAUUUUGAGUCAAACUAAGACCUUUUCUUUCAUUAUGUGAACAAUGUAUAGUCUGACUGUGUCUCUCAGAUAUUUAUUUAGCUUCCGGAGGCUCUUUAUCUGUCACAUGUGGGCUUUUUACUCUAUAUUUAAGUAUUCAGUGUUAUGUGUAUUUCUUUUUUAGCUGUUUUAGCUUCUUCACCUUUUUUUUAACAAAUACAUGACAUGGACAUAAAAAGUCAAACAACUGUAUAAUGUGACGCUUUAUUAACACAACCUUGCAGUAAACACUACCUUGGUGAAGCUUUUGGUGUCAGAGAGGUGUUGAUUUUACUAUUAGGGCAAAGAUUAUUAGUCCUGUUAUGUGGCAUUGCAGGUUAUGACACGGGUGUCUUAGUUUCUUCAGCCGGUGGACAAAGUACAAAACGUCACAAAAAUAUGGUGUUUUUUAAUUAAGAAAAACUGAAAAUGAUUAGCUUCAAAUGUAGCAUUUGUUGUCAUAUUAGUAUUUAAUCUUGCAGCCGUUUGUGUUAUUUUGUCCACUGUCUAUUUCCAUUUCUUGUGGCUGAAGGUUGUUCGGCCACCAGAGCAUUUAGUUGGGAGGUCGGGUCACAGUUCUGGUUCGAGAAAAUAAUAAAGACCAUUCUUUUUCCCCAAUACACCAAAUGAUGUUUAUCACCUUCAUCUGCCUCUGUGCCAAGUAUUUUAUGUAAAUGGUGUCACUAUUACUUGUGAAGAUACUUAUGUAAUCUGAAUGUUACAGCAAGGUUCAAAAUUUAAAGUUUUUUUGGUAAAAAGUUUGGAUUUCACCAUUUGAUAUUGAACUAUGGUCACUAAUAGUGCUCCACUACUGCCUCGCACGUCACUUUAAUGUAUAUAAAAAAACAUGUAAAUACAAAAAACUAAUAAAUAAAUAAUUGUUCAUGUCAAUGUCA